GACACCGCCAAGAUCAGUUUGAUGGCUCUGAACAGUGCAGCGCGUAGCUAGCUAGCCUAGCUCCCCUUAUCUGCAAAAAACAGCACGAAAUUUGGCGUAAACUGCCUCUUUUCAACCUCUCGAGUUUAUGAUAAGGGCAUGAACCGUGGAAACCAGGCUAAGGGAAGACCUACAAGGAACGAAGACUUGCAGCCUAAAAGACCCUCUUGCAGCUUCUGCAAGAGACUGACAACAUGUCAAAAGAUGGUGGAUUAAAAGAAACUGGAGAGCUGAAGGUUUUCACCACUCAGAACCUGAGUCCUGGAAGAGGUGCUGCUGUCCUGUCUCUUGUGACUGUCCACCCUUCUGCAGUUACUGGAGUCAAACAGAUCGUGCCCAGAACACAGUGUGCUCCCAAUGUUAACGUAGUGCAACAUAUGGCGAUUGGCACUCCUCAGAGGCCCAGUGCUCCUGGCAGUGUCCUCCUCACAAGCCCCAGAACUCCAAGUGCUCAGUUUCUCACUCCACAGACACAGGCGCAAGAGUCUUCCCCCUGGUCGAGUGGACGCAGUAGGAAAGACAAGAAUGGGAAAGGCUUGAGGCAUUUCUCCAUGAAGGUGUGCGAGAAGGUUCAGAAGAAAGGCGUCACCUCCUACAAUGAGGUAGCAGACGAGCUGGUGGCAGAGUUGACUCCUGGAGACAACAUCUCCCCUGCUGAAGCUCAUGUUUUUGAUCAGAAGAACAUUCGGAGACGGGUAUACGAUGCACUGAAUGUCCUGAUGGCCAUGAACAUCAUUUCCAAAGACAAGAAGGAGAUCAAAUGGAUUGGCUUCCCAACCAAUUCUGCUCAGGAGUGCAAAGACUUGGAGGCUGAGCGCCAGAGACGACUUGAAAGAAUAAAGCAGAAACAGUCUCAGCUUCAAGAGCUCAUAUUACAGCAAAUAGCCUUCAAGAAUCUGGUGCAGAGAAAUAGAGAAGCAGAGCAAAAGAACCACCGAUCACCUCCACAGAACACAGUCAUCAACCUCCCCUUCAUCAUUGUCAACACCAGCAAGAGGACAGUCAUUGACUGCAGCAUCUCAAAUGACAAGUUUGAGUACCUCUUUAACUUUGACAACAUGUUUGAGAUCCAUGACGAUAUUGAGGUGCUGAAGCGCAUGGGAAUGGCGUUAGGGCUGGAGUCUGGCAGAUGUUCUGCAGAACAGCUGAAGAUAGCCCGGGCACUGGUCCCCAAAGCGCUGGAACCCUAUGUAAUUGAUAUGGCACAGGGACCCAUGAGACAGCCCAAUGGAGGCUAUUCUCGUUCAGCCAGUGAUAACGGAGCUCUUCCUACUGCGGCCUCCAGUUCAAACAGCUCGUAUCACAGCAGCUGUCGUGAUACUCCAGCAUCUUUCCUGGAGGAUGAGGACGAGGAGGAGGAGGAAGAUGACUUUGAUGAGAACGAUGAUGAAGACUAACCUCUGUGCCAUGUUUUUCUUCCCAGUCAGCACUGCCUUCGAUGUUAGUGUGAGGGUAGGGUGAAACCAAUCUUCUCUCAUUGUUUAAAGAGAGGCUUAUGUUUUGACAUUUGAAUUUGGAUGUAUAUGCAAGCUCAGUGAGUAAUGCCUUUCACAAUCUCUAGAGCAAUGUGCAGCUGCUUUCUACAGAACCCCCCAGUGGUGCUUGUGUGAAAUAGAACUUUUUACUUUGGCCACCCUGUUUUUCUUUUCUUACCACGUUCCAGUAUUGUCUUGGAUUCUGUCAGAUCAUAUUCUGUUUUAAAGAUGGUGACUUGAUGCUAAUCACUUAUUAGUGAUUUAUCCAUUGUUUUGUAACAGUACAGACAACUAUUUUUGAUACCCUGGGUGUUAUUUUUUCUAGAAAGCUUUAACUUGAGCACACCAAAUUCAUUGUCAAGCUUUAACAACAUUUUGUAUUCUAAAAGACAGAUAAGGAAUGAAUCUUGAAAUUCCUA